UUUCCCAAUUAACCAGUCUUCGACAUAUGUCACAAAUAAUAAUAUUUUUUCUUUUUUUACGGCUAAUUCACCAAUCAAAAAUUCAAAUAUUGCAUUAAAUGGAAACCUCAUUUGUACCUCCAUCCCAUCUACCCCGUUACCUAGUAUUAUUUCAUUGUCCAGCAUGGUUCAAUUAUCCCCGAUCUUAUCUAUAACUAAUCUGGCUAAUGAAUACAAAAAUACCGCGUCCAAUAUCAUCAACGAUACCACUACGCUCAAUAUGAAUUCAUCACAAACUUCCAAAGCAAUUGAUUCGGGAAAUUCAUGUAAUAUUCCUAAAAGUAGCAACGUUCUGGUAUCAUUGAUUAAUCACAAAAAUCCCAAGAUAAAAAUACUCAACGAUGUUCCGAUAACUACAAAUAAUCAUGAAUUCUUGAUAUUAGACGCCCCCUCCUACGCUUUAUACCAUCGUAAGUUAGUUUUAGCCUUGGUCCAUAAUGAUAGUUCGGUCAAGAUCAAUACAAGUUUCGCUGCCAAUAAAUGCCCUUCUUGUGGGAUAAAUUUUUCAUUUCCGGAAAAUCUCGCCAAUCAUUUGCAAGCCAAAACGGAUUGCAUAUAUCUCACCUUGAAGAGUGAUAAGACUCCCAUUAAAAAUACCAACAAAGCUACUGAAUUUAUGUUCGAAAAUCACUGUAGUCUUAUUCUCUUUCUAAAGAGUCAUUGUUGUAUCGAAAAAGGAGAGAUUUGGUUUACUUUGAUUAACCAUGUUCGCAUUCGCAAAUCCAAUCAUUGGCGAAAUUGGGAUACUGUCGGAUACAAUACGGAUUCUACAAAGGAGCAAACUUGGGAUUCACUCUGGCAAAGUAGUAAAGAGCAUACUGAAUCGAUGAUUAAAAACAACGAAAUGCGGUCGGAUUUAUUCAAGCUUAGCCCGCAUACCUUCAGUAUUCUAAAAGACUUUUUAGUUGAAGAAGACACAUGCGUUAAUACUGGAGAAAAUCUUAAUGAAGAAUCUGAUAUUUCUGAUCUUAGUAAUCUCAAACUUUCAGCCAUAUUGCCGCACGAAAUCACUGUUAGUGACAUUUCUAUCAGUCUCAAUUCUUCAGCCAUAUUGCCGUCAAUUACUGUCAAAGAUAUCUCUAGUAAUCUCAACCCUUCAUUCAUAUCGCCUCAUAAAAUCAUUACGAAUGACACCUCUAGUAAUCUCAUCCUUUCAUCUAAUCUGUCGCGUAAAAUCAAUACAAUUGAUAUCUCUAACAGUCUCAAUCCCUCCGCCAUAUCACCACAUAACAUUAAUACCAAUGACAUCUCUAGCAAUAUCGGCUCUUCCAUCUUAUUACCACAUAAAAUAGUUACGAUUGAUACCCCUAGCAGUCUUAACCCUAUAUCUAUAUCACCUCUUAAAAUCGUUACAGAUAUAGAACCUGAUUCGUCAUCAACAGCUUCUAUAUCACCUAUCAUAAGCCCGCCUUUGUCGGAAGUCGAUAAACAUCCGUUUUUAUGUAUAUACUGCACGGCCCCUUUCAAGAGCGCUUCUUCUCUUGAUUCGCAUUCUCGUUUGCAUUAUUACAAAUCUCCUAUAAGCUGCCCCGAAUGUAGUACAGGUUUUACCAAACUUCAGGAUUUGCACGACCAUUUGAUCGCCAGUCUAAAAGAUGGUAAGGUUUCACGAUCGUCUGGCACUAUUGUAUGUUGGGUCGGGUUUUGCAGGCGUCUACACUAUUCAUGCCCAUUUUGUCAGGGGGAUAAUAAUGACUUAUUAGAUGAAGAUUCUUCCAGAGGCCACAUCAAAUCCCUUCAUGAGCACUUGGUCAAAUUUCACGGGUUUUUAUCGGGCCGAGCGAAAGGCAAGAAAAAAUCGAAGGAGUCAUCUUGUUGGUAUUGUCAUCAUACCGUUUCGAUAUCAUCCAACGAUUUUUGGUUGUACCAUACACUUAACGAAUGCGAGGCUUCUAGGCCUUUCAAACGAAUCGUGUAUCGGUGCCCUUUCUGUACCAAAGCCAAUCGCCGUUUUACCUCUGAAAAAAUGUCCCAACUAUCACGGAAUCUAUCCAAAAAAGAACUCAUACAAAAUAUAGCUGUCCUGGGACGCUCAACCCUAUUCAAAUCGCCUUUUGAAUUAGCUCUCCAUGCCAAACUGAUGCAUGGACUAUACUUUGAAGAGAAGGGCGUAGUCAAUUCUAAACCUCACCCUUUAAAGAGCUUCCCAAUUUUGGGGUUAGAAUGUAAAUCCUGCCGGGCCCGCUUUGACGAUAUAGGCUUGUUGGAUUGCCACAUAUUCGCAGGUCGAUGCCACGAUAAUAAUAAGAAUAAUGAUGUGCUCAAUGUUAUAAAUAAUACUGACGUUUUUAAUAGGCAAAUUUCUCACAAUUUCGAUCUCAAAACCCUAAGCCUCUCCGAUAUUCGCGUAGUUCUUAAAGCUUUACCGAUUCCUGAAACACCCUGUUCUCAAUCACCUUUAGAUAGCUUAGAAACAACUUACGAUUGCGAUAUCUGUGGAAAUCGCGCGGUUACAAAACUAGAAUCAGUGCUCCACGCACUAAAACAUGUCGAUAUAAUGCCACAUUUUUGUCCGGUUUGCCCUAACACACGCAUGGGCUCCCAAAAAGAUUUCGACGAGCACUUAAUUAAAUCGCAUCAAGGACGAAUCGACUGCUGCCAUUGUUCCGUUCAUUUUAACUCCCUACUACCUUACAUCGUUCACCUGCAAAGCAUAAACGCCGAAAAAAUUGAGGCAGUUGCGGGACCCGAAAGCGAGGAUUUCGUCGAGGAAGUUGGUUGGACCUGCGAAAUUUGUCCCAACGUAGGGUUUACAUCUUUAAGUUCUCUUAGAACUCAUUUACUCGUGGCUCACAAAAUCACGCAUUACCCAAAAUCGGAAUCUGGCGCCAGCAAUUUAGACACCCUCUAUUAUUCCAACGACGAUUCUAACAUUUGCGCUAUUUGUAGUCAAAGUUUUUCCGAUACGAUUACGUUACUUAAACACGGACGAAUACAUGGGAUGGCAUUUAUAAAAUCCAGAACAAUCAUGUCUUGAGAUUUAAUUAAUUAUGUAAUUAUGAUAAGUAAUGUCUAUUUUCCUAAUUAUUGGCAAUAAGCCGAAUGUAAUAUAUAAAUAAUCGUGUAAUUUUUUUACAAUCAAAUUGUGAUAUUAUAUAUACAUUUUUUUAAAAAAAUAUUUUUCAA